UAAACAAUAUCUGGUCUCGGUGGCUCUGUCAUUCUACUCCAGGCACCCCACCUUCAUUUGCCAGCUGGGAUCUCAUAGUGAGCUAGCUGGAACACAGUUCAAUAGUAAAACGAUUUGAACUGGGGAAUAUGUUUGAAGAACUCACUGUUGGAAUGUUCCACAGGAGGGCUGCUUCCAUUCUCUCGCUGGUAUUCUCCUUUCAGGAUGGCUGCGGCUCCUCCGAGUUGCUGUUUUGUGGCCUUCCCACCUCGUGCUAAGGAUGGUCUGGUGGUAUUUGGGAAAAAUUCAGCCCGGCCCAGAGAUGAAGUGCAGGAGGUUGUGUAUUUCUCAGCUGCCAAUCACGAAUCUGAGAGCAAGGUGGAGUGUACUUACAUUUCAAUCGACCAAGUUCCGAGGACCCAUGCCAUAAUGAUAAGCAGACCUGCCUGGCUCUGGGGGGCAGAAAUGGGAGCCAAUGAACACGGUGUAUGCAUAGCCAAUGAAGCCGUCAACACCAGAGAACCAGCUGCGGAGUCAGAAGCCUUACUGGGGAUGGAUCUGGUCAGGCUUGGUCUGGAAAGAGGGGAAACAGCUAAAGAAGCCUUAGAUGUCAUUGUCUCCUUGUUGCAAGAACAUGGACAAGGUGGGAAUUAUUAUGAAGACGCAGACUCCUGCUAUAGCUUCCAAAGCUCGUAUCUGAUUGUGGACCGCGAUGAAGCUUGGGUGCUAGAGACCAUGGGGAAGUACUGGGCGGCCAAGAGGGUCACAGAGGGAAUGAAGUGCAUUUGCAAUCAGCUGUCACUCACCACUAAGAUGGAUGCAGAGCAUCCUGAACUGAGAAGUUAUGCUCAGAGUCAAGGUUGGUGGACAGGAGAGGAGGAGUUCAAUUUUUCUGAAGUUUUUUCUCCUGCUGAUGUUUAUCUAGGCUGCUGUGCAGGCAAAGACAGCUUGGAGAAACAAGAAGAAAGCAUCACCGUGCAGACUAUGAUUAGCAUCUUACGGGACAAAGUCAGUGGAGUCUGUGUAGACACUGACUCUUUCCUUACCACAGCCAGUAUAGUGUCUGUCCUGCCUCAGGAUAGAAGCUCGCCGUGCAUUCACUACUUCACUGGGACCCCAGAUCCUUCCAGGUCCAUAUUCAAGCCUUUCAUCUUUGUUGAUGACGUAAAACUUGUUCCCAAAACACAGUCUCCCUGUUUUGGGGACGAGGACCCUGCCAAAAAGGAGCCUCGGUUCCAGGAGAAACCAGACCGCCGGCACGAGCUGUACAAGGCCCACGAGUGGGCACGUGCUGUCAUUGAGAAUGACCAGGAGCAAGGUCACAAGCUGAGGAAGACCAUGCUGGAACUGGAGAAGCAAGGUCUGGAAGCCAUGGAAGAAAUCCUGACCAGCCCUGACCCCCUGGACCCUGCCGAAGUGGGGGACCUUUUCUAUGACUGUGUUGAUACGGAGAUUAAGUUCUUUAAGUGAAGUAAGCCUCCCCUUUCCCCUUCUUAUUUAAAACUUCCCACCUUACUAAGUUACCAGCAAAACCAACCACUCUCCCAUUUGAGUAAAAUGAGAAAGCUGAGAUGUGGCCUCCUUUUCUGAAGCCACAUCGAGCCGUUACCUUGUGUUCUGCCUUGAACCGCCAGACGCCGCCUCCUCCUGCAAUGUAGGCGCCCUUCCUUUGCAGUGUAACGUGUAUCCCAUUUGCCUGUUGUUUGGUUGUGUGACUAAUUGUGGACUUUAAGCUGCUAUCAUUGUAUUUCAGUGACAAUGGACACAUGAGCCUUUUACAGGAGGACUAGAGUUCAUCAAGCCUUGAAAGGCAGGCUCCACAGUGCUGAGUUGGCGGGAAAAGCGAACUCUUUUGAAGUCUUAGUCUUUCAGCAGUGGUUUCUUUCAAGUUAACAAAAGGCGUUUGUCUACACACACAGUGCUCUUGUGUGUGCAGUUGAGGGAGUAGCUCCCUGGCCUCCCUGAAUCUGAGCACACGUCGAUAGUGCACAGUGCCUCAAGGGUGUCUUCUGGGGGACAGAAUCGAUGGGAAGGAAUAAAAGGGGCUCCCCUCCAGGCCUGGGCCCUUCCCAAUUCCCGUGCUCCUGAAGAACUCGUCUUCCAUGCAGUGUGCUUACGUGUAAUGGCUUGCUUGCAGGAGAGCUGGCCAUCUGUGUUGGCUGGAACCUACCCACUUCAGAGAUUCAGAGACAGCCAUGCUGGUGACUUCCCUGAAUCAUUGCGUGGAUCGCCCACGAGGCCUGGUAGCUCUCCCUACAAAGCAGCACACCCGCCACAGGGAUGUGGCCUUGUGCAGAAAUGAUCCCAUGUCUUGUUACCGAUAUUCAGUCUAGGAUUAACUGAAUGGCCCCUAUGGCAUAGUUCCACCCCACAAAGCAGCAAAUUUCUCAGCUAAUGAGGGAAGAAAAAGGAGGAACUCUUGACUAUUUAGAUUCCAGUUGGAGUCGCCGGAAUCCAAGCAGUUACUACAUUAUCUCAGCAGAGAGACUUUAAUUAAACUGGUUUGUUUCCAGUG